GUUAACUGUACGCAUCUCGGCAACAGCUGACAAGUGAAAAGAGCAUAAACAAACAAACCAGCAGUGUUGCUGUAAAAUAAACAUAACGCGAAAAAGCCGCAACUUUACUACGGCGGCUUUCUUCGAACGGAAAUAGUUGGCUUAAGUAGCGCUAUGCUUCGCUACCGAGGUGUUAAACAAGCUCUGGAUGCUGUUUCUCGGUUGGACGCUUUUCCGAAAGUGAAAGAAGAAUUUGUACAACCAACUCGCGUCGGAGGAACAUUAUCGUUGAUCAGCCGACUGGUGAUUUUGUUUCUCAUCUACCAUGAAGUAUCGUACUAUAUGGACUCGCGGUUGGUAUUUUCCUUCGUGCCGGACACGGACCUGCAGUCGAAGCUGAAGGUACACAUCGAUCUAACGGUCGCUAUGCCAUGCAAAUCGAUCGGAGCGGACAUUUUAGAUUCGACCAACCAGAAUGUGUUUUCCUUCGGCAUACUGCAAGAGGAGGACACCUGGUUUGAGCUGUGCCCCAGCCAGCGGGUACAUUUCGACUACAUGCAGCAUCAUAACUCGUAUCUACGGAAUGAAUAUCACUCGAUAGCGGAGAUACUGUACAAAUCGGACCAUGCCGUGGUGUACAGUAUGCCGGAACGUGUGGUUAUUCCCACCAAACCGCACGAUGCGUGCCGUAUUCACGGUGUGCUUACGCUGAAUAAGGUGGCGGGCAAUUUCCAUAUCACCGUCGGCAAAACGAUUCACUUCUCCCGCGGUCACAUUCACUUCAAUAGCAUUUUUGCCAACACGCAGACCAACUUUUCCCAUCGAAUCAAUCGAUUCAGCUUCGGAGAUCACACCGCCGGUAUAAUCCAUCCACUGGAAGGAGAUGAAAAGAUAUUCGACAAUGGUCAAGUGAUGAUGCAGUACUUCAUUGAGGUUGUACCGACGGACGUGCAAAAGUUUUACUCACACUCCAAAACGUACCAGUACACCGUGCGGGAGAAUUUGCAACUUAUCGACAUCGAUAAGGGCAUGCAGGGCGUCGCGGGGCUCUACUUCAAGUACGACAUGUCCGCGCUGCGGGUGCUGGUCCGGCAGGAUCGGGACAGUAUUGCUCAGUUUAUCGUGCGCCUUUCGUCGAUCAUUGCCGGCAUCGUGGUGAUAUCGGGACUGCUGAGCAAGUGCAUGCAUCUGAUCGGCGAUGCAUGCUGCAAGCGGCGCCCCGAACCGUUGCUGAAUACGCUCAGCGAUGAAAAGCCGGUCAGCAAGGGAGGGGCCGUUAUUAUAAGCUGACGGCGAGGAUGGCGGCCGAGGGUCAAUGAAUCGAGAUCUGAAAUAAAAUGCAAUUGAAGCUGUGGUAAGG